ACGUUGCUUCUAAAAAUUGAAUAAAAUAUUUUCGUCCAUUUUUCAUGUAUUUUUGGUGUGAAUUCUUUUAGUUAUGAAGCCCAGUUAGGUUUCAGAUGUCUUAGUACUUGGACUAGAGACGACCCUUCAUCAAAUAAUUGAUCCACAUUGAUAGAAUUUGGUAUAAUACUGACAACAAUUAUUGCACUAGCCUCAAUCUCUUCCCAAGUAGGAUCAUUUUGUAGCGUUAACCAUUUGAAUUUGUUAGCUUAGUCAAAGCUAUUUUCCCAAAGUUUUAAAUAAUUUAUCCCUGCUUGAUAAAAACCUUCUAUAUUUUUACGAAAAUGCUUUUCCUUAUCAGCAUCAAUUGUAUUAUCAUCUUUUAGUUUAGCAAGUAGGUGCUUAGCUGCUAACAUUUGAACAGUUCCAUGCACAAACUUUAAAAAAAGUUCAGAUACUGGGUCUUCAAAAAAUGCAAGUAACACAGCAGGACAGUUUUUCAAUAGUCAUGAAAUACGACUUUAAGGCGUCAAACAAUAACAGUAUUCGUUCUAUGGCAGGUAAUAAGCUCAAAAAUCUCGUAUUUCUAUGUGAAAGGAUUCAUUUAUACUCUAUAUUUGCAAAUUCGCAAAAUUCUUUUAGCACAGUCACUCUGACAGAAUAUUGAAAAAAAAAUGUAUAGACUUUUACUACUAUUACCUCAACGUCAAUAUACAGAGCAUCGCACGCUGUCUGGACAGUGUUGUGCAAAAUAUGGCCGCACAACCAAUUCCAAGAAUAGGACGAGACAAAGAUUUUUGCAGUUUUCGAAAAACAUUUCCUUGGCCUUUUUUUUUACACCACCGAAGUUAGUAUUAGUGUUAUCAGCACAAAGACAAGCAACUUUUGAAUCAUAGAAUACUUUUUAAUACAUUUUAAAAGAUGUUCUACCAAAAGAUCAGAGGUUUCACCCGGAAGUUGAUCAAAAUAUAAAAGUUUAACUUUAAUUCCUUCAUUUUGAUUAAAAUAACGAAUGUAUAUAGGAGUCAGUUUAGUUUCUUUUCUGUUAGAACUGUCAAUAGUUAAUGUAACAAAAUUUACGUCCCUGAGAUCUUUAGGUAAUUCAUUAAAUAUGUAAGGAGAUAUAACAUUUACAAUAAUUGCUUCCGUUUUAGUCCUAGCUCCUGAAUAUUUAGGCUUAAAAACUUUUUAAUAAGUUUGGCAGUACAGUCUGACAUUCUAAAAGUUAAUCCGUGUAUUGCAGUGUGGUAAGCAAAAGUUGCUUCUUUGGCCGCACUCUGUAAUUCGUCAUUUGUGGCAUCAAUGUGCUUAAAAAAAGAUUUAAUACUUGCCUUGGAUACUGCUUGAUUAGCCUUUUUGUGUCUGGCACUUUGUAUGUGAUUUUCAAUAUCAUACCGUCCUGGCGUCCUCGAUGCUCCACACAAAAUUUGAAAUUGCAUAUCGAACAUCUUACGCAGUCAUUACUAUUUUGACACUGUUUUAGAAACUUAUAUUCUUCUUUUAGUUAGUAAAAACACAUUUGCGUUUAGGCAUUUUGUGAAGACGUAGUACCAAAAAUCAACAAUACUAUAAUAUUUUAAUAUUUCAAGCAAAACACAACUAUAAUAAAAACAAAUGACAACCACCUAUUCACUCAUAAACAGAAAAGAAACUGUCGAGUGAAUUAUACGAGUUGUUUUCCAGUACGCAUUACAUGUGAACAAAUUAAAACAAUAUAAUAAUAUUAUAUAACUAACAAUUUAGUAGGACAACAUUUGAUAAUACUUCAAUCUUUUAUUUUAUGGCAACAACGAUAAUAAUGGGUAGUCGCUUAUCGUGACGUUUCGGGAAAAAACAUGUAUAAAAAUAGAAAUUAGAUAUUAUUAAUUUAUACAGAGUGAACCCAAAAAUCUGCCACCUGACAUAACUUUUUAUAUCAAUAUAACCACGUUAAACGAUUACCUUUGUAAAAUCCGGACGCCAAUGCGGACAGGUGUUUGAAAUCCAGACUGUCCGGACGAAAUCCGGACGUAUGGUAACCCUAGAUAUAGUUUACUUAUACACAGCGCGUUAUCACACCUCGUUUCGCAACCUGAGUAAAUAACAGUGAUCUCUAGCAGAGUGACAUCACAACUCGUUAGUUAUAACUUAUGGUUUACUUUUUUUCGUCCGGGCGCAGCACAGUGAGUGAAUGGCCACGCGGGCAUCACUGUAAAGAAUGUACGAUGUUUUUUUCACGUUGGCGUCACUGCUGGAUCAUCAAUGGUAUAAAAUGUCGUAUAAGCACCCUUAUCGCUUUUCAGACAACUGCAUCCAGCCUUUGAUUUAAGAACCUCUAAUAUUUUAAAUUUUAACUGUUGUAGUUCAACUCGUAUGCAUUUACUAAUUUGCUAUUUCUACGGUAGUUCAAGGCAUCGAUGAUAAUAUUAUUGAUGAUUUCUUAUUAUACUGUGGUGGUCAAAAUCGUCUCUAAGAAUUAGGUAGUUUGUUAGUACCAAUCUGUAUUGCUCAUUCAGCGGUGCAUUUAUAUCAGCCAGUGAUUUCAAUUAUCUUCAUAUACCCAAACAAUCAUUGAGUAAAAACAAAAUGAAUAACAAUGAAUCAGAGCCAGUCGACAUGGAACAAGAACCUCAAAUAUCUAUUGAAUUAAAUGACGGUGUAGUUAAACUUCCACUAUCAAACUUUAAUAAUAUAUUAGAACAUGAAGUCACUAACUAUAUAUUGAAACAAAAGAAGGAUUUUAUUGAUAUUGACCCAAACGAGUUGGUCAAUAAUCAGUCUUGGAAAACGAAAUACGAAGCUUUAGAAACCCAAGCCAAAGCACUUGAGCAUAUUAUACAUCGCUUGAAAAAAGAUUUAGAAAAAGAUAAGUUUGCUCAACCAGUCAAAUGCAUAAGUCGUUCAGUUGGUACAUGUAUUUUUUUAUCAAAAAAAAUUGAAAUGGCCAACAAUCAUAAGGAUUCUUUUACGGAAUGUCAAGUAUUUACCAUAUCAGAUAGUGAAGAUGAGCCUAGCGAAAAUGAUUCUAUACCAGAAAUCAAAAUCAAUGAUAUUGAUCGUGUACUGAAAAUGAAAACUGAAGCCAGUCAAACUUUAAGUAAUGGAGAAUGUUCAUCCACAACUAUACAAAAACCAAAACGUGGGCUGAAGUCAAAGGCCAACAAUCAUAAGGAUUCUUUUACGGAAUGUCAAGUAUUUACCAUAUCAGAUAGUGAAGAUGAGCCUAGCGAAAAUGAUUCUAUACCAGAAAUCAAAAUCAAUGAUAUUGAUCGUGUACUGAAAAUGAAAACUGAAGCCAGUCAAACUUUAAGCAAUGGAGAAUGUUCAUCCACAACUAUACAAAAACCGAAACGUGGGCUGAAAUCAAAGUUUGUUGAUAAUGCGAUACCUUUUAUAGCUAAAAAUAAGGAAAUUAUUAAAAAAAAAAUGCGUUUAAAUGAGUGUGAAGUUAUCAAUAACAAAAAAAGGAGGACAAAAAAAUUGUUAAAUUGUAAUUCAGUAAAGAAAUUAAAAGUUUGUAGAAAAUUCAAGUAUAAUUCUCUCAUCAAGCCUUCUAAUUUAAAGUAUCCACCACCUUAUCCCUUUAUACCACCAUAUAAUAAUCGACCGUCUUGGAAAAAGGUACCACCAAUACCUACUAUGACAAUCAAAACUUCAGGAAAUAAGAUUACAAUAACUUGGGACUUGAAUUUAACUUCUCAGAUAGCAGAGAUCAAAAAGUAUGAACUGUUUGUAUGUCAAGAAACAGAUGCCCCUCCAGACAUCUCAAUGUGGAAAAAAAAUAUCAGUAUUGUUGCAGGUUCGUUGCCUAUGACUCGUGAACUAACAUUGUUUGACUUAGGGCAUACUUACCAUUUUGCUCUGAGAGCGGUGGAUGUCCACAACAGAUGUGCACCUUGUAUUGUACAAACAAUUAAGAUUUAGAUAUUUUCUUAAACUGUGUUAAUUAAAACUUUUUUCUUAAUAAUUUAAUGAUGAGUAUAUAUUUGUUAACUAUAAACUGUACUACUUGUUAAAUUUAUUCAAUUGUAAGCUUUUGUCUAUUGAUUUGAUAUCCAUUAAAAAUAAUAUAAUAUAAAAUAUAA